GCUCGUUUCAAUAACUCUCAUAUGAAUGGUCCGGGAUCGGUCCUUGGUCAGUGCUGAUAUUUUUGGAACAGGGUCAUUACGUUUUGUAUUUUGGCUCAAUUCAUUGCAUGAAGACUCCCUCGUCCAGUCCGUGAGACUAGUCGGUGGAAGGAAAAGUGAAGGAAGAGUAGUUAUCACAUCUCGUUCUCGCCCUACAACCUACAUGUUAAUCCAUCAAUUAAACUGGUCCAGGAACGCUUCACGGUUGGUCUGCAAGUAUCUAGGAUAUGAAGAUGUAUAUGCGACAGUGGGAGGAGAUCUCUUCGAGAUUAUGUCCUUAGAUAAUAAUUCUGACGCUGUGGCUUUGAGAUGCCCUGUCGAUCUGACUAACAUUACUGACUGCUGGUACGAAGAAAGUGCGGCGAUGAAUCCUAGGGAGGAGAGUAUAGCUGUUGUUUGCUGUACUGUGAACCUGUGUAGCACACCUCGAGGUAGCCCAGUCGGUCUAGAAGGCGGUAAGGUUCCCAACAGCGCUAUUUCAAUCUCGAGUAGGUACAAUGAUACGUUGGGUGGACCAAACGCCCGUCUGAACAGUCCUUCUGCGUGGCUCCCCGAUAUUGCUGACGAAGACCCCUGGCUUCAGAUCAACUUCGCUUCCGCUUUUGUCAUCACCGCCAUCAUGACGCAAGGUAGAGCAGAUAGUGCAGAACAGUGGGUGACAUCGUACAUAGUUUCAUCCAGUAUGGACGGAGCAUCUUGGACAUAUUACCAGGAUAUCAACACCAACACAGUCAAGGUCUACACAGGAAACUAUGACCCAAAUAGUCUUGUGGUGCACACCAUCUGUAGGCCGAUCGAAUGCCGAUUUUUUCGUAUCCAUCCAAAGACGGCCCAUGUACACCGGGCCCUCAGGCUAGAACUCACUGGCUAUGGACCUCUCAAUGACUUAUUAGCUGCGAUGAACCAUGAACAGGUAAGCUGUUCAUGUCCUAUCCGAGGGGAAGGAAUGGGAGUGGAAGAUGGACGAAUCCCAGACUCCAGUCUAACCUCCUCGUCCGAUUUUGGUUAUCUUUACACUGCAUCAGAUGGAAGAUUGAACGGCGGAGUUGCUCUACACGAAAAGGCAGCAUGGGUUGCCAAGGAUAGUGACACGGCUAAAUGGGUCAAGGUGAGUCCAAUAACAAAAAUUAUAAUAGUGAUCCCCCUGGAAACCCAAUUCAGCAUGAAUGCCGUUCUUCCUAAAUUCUAG